AGCUGGCACCGUGGUAUUGGCAGCAGCAGCCAGACCAUCCUGGAUUUGCUUUUUCUCCUUGCUACAAGGUCAGCUGUACCAAGCUUGGUCACUGCAGGUAGCAGCUGCAUGUGAAGAUGCUGCUGUUGGCCAGCAGGGCUUGGGCUGGAAAGCAGGCUGCGAAGGACCUCCUGGGUCACAUCUACUGUAGGAAAACAAACCAAAGAAGGAAGAAAAGUUGUGGCUGGUCCUACCUCCCCAUCAGAGCCACUCCAACAGGAUCAUGUGUUCUGGUCCAUGGGUGCUCCAGGCUGUGUCCUAGCCCCACAGCCUACCCAGGAUUGGAGCUGAGCUGCCUCCUGGGCACCUCCUCCAUGGGCACUGGUCCCACUCUCUUCCACCCUGGGGGGUGUCAUCUGUGCAGGGAUGGAACUGGAGUAGAAGCAGUACCCAGGUGGAGGUGGCAUCUGAGCAGAUGCAGGACCCAAGCUUAGAUGAUAUCUGUGUAAGUAGAGGUGGCACCUAAGCAGAAGCAGCACCCAAGUGAAGGUAACCUCCAAGCAGAAGUGGCACCCAAAUGAAGAUGGCACUCAGCAGAGGUGCUACACAGUUAGAGGUGGUACCUGAGCAGAACUGGCACCUAGCCUUAGGCAGCAUCUGUGCGAGCAGACAUGGCACUCAAGUGGAGGUGACAUCCAAGUGGAGGUUGCACCAGAGCAGAGGAGGUACCCAGGUGAAGAUGGCAUCUGAGUAGAUGUAGAACUCGUGCUUAGGUGGCAUCUGAGCAGAGAUACUGCCCAAGCAGGAGUGGCACCUGGGUAAAAGUGCAAGCAGGUGGAGGUGACAUCCAAGCAGAGGUGGCACCUGAAUGGGGGUGGCACUGAGCAGAAACGAAUGGAAGUGGUACCUAGUGAGAAGUGGCAUCCAAACCCAGGUGGCAUCUGAGUGGAGCUGGCACCAGAGGCCAUUGCCAGAGAUGGCACCUUAUGACUAGCAGUGACCCUGCUCAGAACUGCCACCCACGGGGGUGAGGGGUCUCUGAGGACCCCCAGCAGGGUGCUGCAGGGAGAAGACCAAAGCUCUUUGCGGGGUUUGAAGUUGUCAACCUUCACAGCCCUACUGGGAAGCCGAUCCCUAAAGGGUGCCGCGGCCAUCCGAAGGCUGUCCCCUCUCCCGUCCUCUCCUGCUGUACCUCCUCCAAGUUCCUCUCGUCCCUCCCACUCCUUCCCAAUGCUCCUUCUUCUGUCAGGGAGCCGGGAAAGGCUGGGAAUAAGGAAAGGGCUCUGCGAGUGGAGCUACCAGUCUGGCCAGCUGCCUCCCACCGAUGCUCGGGAACGGGGAGCAGGGCAGCCAGUGGACCUCCCAUGGACCUUCCCAGCGGGAUGCUCCUCGCCUGCUCCCUCUGCCUCCUGCCCGGGUUCAGUGACACCUUCAACAUUGACAUCAAGAGGCCCAAAAUCAUAGCUGGCUCCAAGGAAGCCUAUUUUGGCUACACUGUGCAGCAGCAUGACAUUGGGGGCAAGAAGUGGCUGGUGGUGGGAGCUCCCUAUGAAACCAAUGGCCAGCAGAAGACAGGAGAUGUCUACAAGUGCCCAGUGACCAGUGACAGCCACAGCAACUGCACCAAACUCAACCUAGGACGGGUGACGCUCUCCAACGUCUCUGAGAGGAAGGACAACAUGCGCCUCGGCCUCAGCCUGGCCACCAACCCCAGGGACAACAGCUUUCUGGCCUGCAGCCCACUCUGGUCCCACGAGUGUGGAAGCUCCUACUACACCACGGGCAUGUGCUCCCGAGUCAACUCCAACUUCAGAUUCUCCAAGACAGUGGCUCCAGCUCUACAGAGGUGCCAGACCUACAUGGACAUCAUCAUAGUCCUGGAUGGAUCCAACAGCAUAUACCCUUGGGUUGAAGUUCAACACUUCCUGAUAAACAUCUUGAAAAAGUUUUAUAUUGGCCCUGGACAGAUACAAGUUGGAGUCGUGCAGUAUGGAGAAGAUGUUGUCCAUGAGUUUCACUUAAACGACUACAGGUCUGUAAAAGAUGUGGUAGCAGCUGCCAGUCACAUCGAGCAACGAGGAGGCACAGAGACCAGGACUGCCUAUGGCAUAGAGUUCGCUCGCUCGGAAGCGUUUCAGAAAGGUGGCCGGAAGGGGGCAAAGAGAGUAAUGAUUGUAAUCACAGAUGGAGAGUCGCACGACAGCCCAGACCUGGAGAGGGUGAUCGAGGACAGCGAGAAGGACAACGUCACCAGAUACGCCGUGGCCGUGCUGGGUUAUUACAACAGAAGAGGAAUCAACCCUGAAGCCUUUCUGAACGAGAUCAAAUUCAUAGCAAGCGACCCUGAUGACAAGCAUUUCUUUAAUGUCACAGAUGAAGCAGCCCUCAAAGACAUUGUGGAUGCACUUGGAGAAAGGAUAUUUAGCUUGGAAGGAACCAACAAGAAUGAAAUCUCCUUUGGCUUGGAAAUGUCCCAGACUGGAUUUUCAUCACACGUUGUGGAAGAUGGGAUCUUACUGGGGGCAGUGGGUGCCUACGACUGGAAUGGAGCUGUCCUGAAGGAAACCAGCAGUGGGAAGGUCAUUCCCCUGAGGGAAUCUUACCUCCAGGAGUUCCCUGAGGAACUGAAAAAUCAUGGAGCAUAUUUAGGUUACACUGUCUCCUCCGUCAUCUCCGCCCAGCGCCAGCGCAUUUACGUGGCAGGAGCGCCCAGGUUCAACCACACUGGCAAAGUCAUCAUCUUCAGCAUGCACAACAACCGCAACCUCACCAUCCACCAGGCGCUGAAGGGAGAGCAGAUCGGCUCCUACUACGGCAGCGAGAUCAACUCCCUCGACGUCAACAGCGACGGCGUCACCGACGUCCUGCUGGUGGGAGCCCCCAUGUUCUUCAGCGAGGGCAGGGAGAGGGGCAAGGUUUACGUCUACACCCUGCAAGAGAACCACUUCGUUUCCAGUGGUGCCCUGGUUGAUCUGCAGAGCUACCAGAACUCCCGCUUCGGCUCCUGCAUCGCUGCUGUGCCCGACCUCAACCAAGACUCCUACAACGACCUCGUGGUGGGGGCACCUCUGGAGGAUGAGCACCAAGGAGCAAUAUAUAUCUUCCUUGGCUUCAAAGAGACCAUCCUGAAGAAGUACAAGCAGCGGAUAGCAGCUGCCGACCUCGCUCCAGGCUUGAUGUAUUUUGGAUGCAGCAUCCAUGGGCAGCUGGACCUGAAUGAAGAUGGGCUCGUGGACUUGGCUGUUGGCUCUCUGGGCAAUGCUGUGUUGCUGUGGUCCCGCAGCGUGGUCCAGAUCAAUGCCAGCAUGCGCUUCGAGCCCUCCAAAAUCAACAUCUUCACCAAGGACUGCAAGAGGAAUGGGAAGGAUGCCACUUGCAUGUCAGCCUUCAUCUGCUUCACUGCCAUCUUCCUCUCAUCCCACUUCCAGACAACCAGCGUGGCCCUGCGGUACAACACCACCAUCGACGAGCGCAGGUACACCUCACGAGCUCACCUGGAUGAGAGUGGAGAGAGGCACACGCAGAAGAGGCUGGUGCUGCUGGCUGGGCACAAGCACUGUGACAAGCUCCAGUUCCAUGUCUUGGACACAGCUGAUUACGUGAAGCCAGUGACAUUCUCCAUCAGCUAUGACCUGGAGCACUCUGAGGAUGGUCCCAUGCUGGAUGAUGGCUGGCCCACCUCGCUCAAGGUCUCGCUCUCCUUGUUGUCCCCUCUGGUCCCUUUCUGGAAUGGGUGCAAUGAAGAUGAGCACAUGCGUCCCUACCUGGUCCUGGACGCCUGAAGUGACGUGCCCAGUGCCAUAGGUAGUAGGGAGUAUUGCUGGCGAACUCUGCGACGGGCACCACCAGACUGCUCAGCCUUCAGCCUCUCCUUUGACACCUCUGUCUUCAUCAUCGAGAGCGGCAGGAGGAGGGUGGCUGUGGAGGCAGUGCUGGAGAACCGAGGUGAAAAUGCCUACAGCACAGUCCUCAACAUCUCCUUCUCCAGGAACCUCCAGUUUGCCAGCUUGAUCCCCAAGGAUGACACAGACAUCAACAUUGACUGCAUGACUGAGGACAAGAACCCCAACAAGAAAGUGUGCAACGUGAGCUACCCAUUCUUCCGAGCUAAGGCCAAGGUAGCUUUUCGCCUGGAUUUUGAGUUCAGCAAGUUGAUUUUCCUUCCAGGCAUGGAGAUCUACCUGAUAGCAAACAGUGACAGUGAGGAGAAGGAGACCACCAAGGAGGAUAACUUUGUUCACCUAAAUUAUCACCUGAAGUACGAAGCUGACCUGCUCUUCACCAGGAUGUCAAGCCUGGACUACUAUGAAAUCAGGUCCAACAGCUCCCUGGAGAGAUAUGACAGCAUUGGUCCCCCCUUCCAUUGCACCUUCAAGCUGCAGAACCUUGGCUUCUUCCCCGUGGAGGAGAUGACCAUCAAGCUCACCAUCCCCGUGGCCACCCGGGCGGGCAACCGCCUCCUGCUCCUGACUGAAUUUGUGGUGGACCAGGAGAACACAACCUGCAACAUCUGGGGAAACACCACUGACUACAGGAGGACACCUGCUGAGGAGGAUCUCUCCCGCACCCCCCACCUGAACCACAGCAACUCGGACGUGGUGUCCAUCGACUGCAAUGUGAAGCUAGCCCCCAACGAGGAGAUGAACUUGCACUUGCAUGGCAAUCUGUGGAUGAAGUCUCUCAAAGCACUGAAGUUCAAGUCACUGAAGCUCACCACAAAUGCCGCUCUCCAGCGACGUUUUGGGAGCCCUUUCAUCUUCCGCGAGGAGGACCCCAGCCGUCAGAUAACAUUUGAAAUCUCCAAGCCAGAGGAAUCACAGAUCCCCAUCUGGAUCAUCCUGGGUAGCACCUUAGGAGGUCUCCUGCUCCUGGCCCUGCUUGUCCUUGCACUCUGGAAGCUUGGAUUCUUUAAGAGCGGGAGCCGCCGGCGAGCAGCCGAACGGGAGCAAAGUGCCCAUGGGCUGGAGUGAUGCUGCUGGGGCCACCGGGUCCCCCCCAUCCCCAGGUCCCCUCUCUGCCCCUCGCUGGUGACGGAGCAGAGGUUGACCUCAAUGCCAUGGGUGAGCUGGGAUUGCAUGGAGUGGAGCCUACACCCUUUAUGCAAAAUCACCUCGAUAGGUUUAACUCCUUCCCCACCCCCAAGAAAAUCAACUCUACUCAUACCAAAGACUCCAAACCUACUCAUGGUCUCUGGGCCACACCCAGAGGAGCUUCAAACUGGGUUUGCAAGGAGGUGGCAGUGAUGCAAGGAUGGCAGGGCCACCGAAGCAGCAUGCCCCAUACACUGGGGCUGCAAGAACCAGUAAAAAGUAAAAACCUUUAAAAAAAGAGGGUUGUAGCAACCCCCCCUCCCUGGGCUUUGCUGGUCAUGGCUCUCAAACUGCCUUAGGUUCGUUUACCAGAGCAACUGGAUGGAGAUCAUAGAAUCACAGACAUGUUGGGUUUGGUUGGAAGAGAUCUCUGAGGUCAUUGAGUCCAUUCAUUGCCUUGAGUCAACCUGGUCUAGUGGGAAGUAUCCCUGCAGGUGACAUUGGGCAGGGGGGGUGUUGGAAUUAGGUGAUCUUUAAGAUCCCUUCCAACCCAACCCAUUCCAUGAUUCUACAAAUCAGCCUAAGACCACCAUGGCCAUUAAACCAUGUCCCAAAGUGUCAUGUCCACACAUUUCUUGAAGAGCUCCAGGGACCUUCUUAAUGCACUGAAAUAGCAAACGAAAGCACCUUAAAUGCAAACCUCCAGCUUCCAGCUGUACAUACUUGUUCUAAAUCCAUUCACUUGUUGAACUAAAGGAGAACACACACCAAAAAAGAGAAA